AUGGAUUUUAUUGAGGAAACGUCUCCAACGUGUUUGGUAACGGUAGGUAAACAAGAAAAUUUUUGGAGGCUUAUCGAAGAAGAAAUUGGAAAAGUAGCACCUCACGUGAAAAAUAUUCUGAAUUAUCAGAACCUUGCUGCAAACAAAGCAAUAGGCUCUGUGACGGAUAAUGAUAUCGACAUUAUCGAACAACAAUUAAGAAAUUCAGCCGGACGCGUUUCAAAGUGGUUGAGUGGCGGUAUGACACUGGAUGCAGUGUACGGUGCAUACGCAGACCAACCUGAACAGUUCAUGUUCUCACUCGGCGAAAAACGUGUGAUUUCUACUAUUGCCACAACAGUAAGAGACCAGGGAAUUAAAAAAUUUCUUAGCGAACGAAAGAAUGCUUCUUUACACGACUGCAGUACUUCGGUUCCUGUCAUAAACCAAGAAAGCGAACGGGAUACUUUAAUUCAACGCAUUAGGCAUCACAUAUCACAGAGUUGGGAUUCCAGUAAGAUUAGUUUGGACGAAAGCCGCGCUGGGUUAUUAAUAGCUCUGCUUCCUUGUCCAGUUUGUGGUAAGCAACUGAAAGCUACCAGACUUCCCCCGCGGUCAUGGAUGACUUAUAAUUUACUACGACAUGUCAACAAUCAUCAAUCAUCUCCACCCAUCGAUGGGAUAUCAAAGAAUCGAUCAAAGAAGAGCAGAACUAUUUCUAAACGAUAUAAGCUAGACCAGUAUGCAACCGAUGAUGAAGAAAUAUCAUUCAUAGAACAGCAAAAGCAAUUUCAUGCAAACGUCACAGAUGAUGAUUCAGCUAUUAACAUCAACUCAAGCCAAACGCUACGGCUUGUGAUUGAACCAGACUUGGAAGCAGGUAGUACUCAUGCACAUCAAGAAGAUUCUAACGCUAGUGAAGUAGAGAUACUGCAGUACGCGAAUUCACUCACAAACGGUGGGCUACGUUUUAAUCGGGCUCCCGUUAAAGCUGGAUGCCACACGGACCAUCAGCGAACAUCAUCGGCAACGUAUCCUAACGGAACGUCAGUGAUAGUCGGUUGCAUUUUCAAUGUGCGCAUUCACACGCAUCCGGAACGUCACAUCACGGAACGUCAAGGCAAAGGCACUCGUACACUCAUCCGGAUGCAUUCGAGGAUAAAAGACUCAAACAUUCACUCCAGGCAGUAUAGCGAACUGGAGAAGGAUAUAUGUGCCUUCCAAUAUUUGACGGCAGGGAAUGGUCAGUACGAAUAUUUGAGAUCAAAUAUGGCCACUAUGUCGAAGAAGACGAUUCAAAGACAUAUAACUAAAUAUACAGUUAAUCUAAAGGAAGGUGAGGUCGAUGUUAGCGGGCUAAAAAAAUAUUUAGUCGAAAAUGAUUACCCGCUGAUGGUUGUCCUUUCUGAAGACGGCACUAGGAUUACCGCAGCUGCACAAUAUGAUUACCGAAACAAUAGCAUUAGAGGGCUUGUAGCUCCGAUGGAUGCGAACGGACUCCCAACACCAAAUUUGUUUGAGGCAACAACGCCCCGAAAAAUGCAAAGUGACCUAAAUUGCUACCCUAUGGGUAACUAUGCAUAUGUGCAGCUAGCCUUACCCCUGGCACGAAAUGCAGCACCGUAUGUUUUAUAUCACGCUUGCUCGAACAAUAAGUUCGAACACAGUGAUGUCCUCAACAGAUGGUAUUAUGUCGAGGACUUACUAUCUAAGGAGGGCAUUACUGUAGUUGCCCACGCUUCAGAUGGCGAUUCGCGUUUAUUGAAGGCCAUGAAGCAACGAGCAGGAUUCAACACUCGACAUUUUAUGUCACAUUGGGGUAGUUGGUUCAUAUCUGAUCGAAAUCCAAACAGUCCUGUUAGUGUCCAAGACACUAUUCAUACAAUAAACAAACUGAGAAAUCGGUUACUAAACGGAGACAUGCUAAUCGGUAGUCACACAAUAUCAAAACAGCACCUUAAAAGCCUGUUGGCAAAAACUAGCAAGGAUAAACACGGACUGUGUUUGUCUGACAUCGACCUGAAGGACAAAAUGAAAUUCGGACCCACGAUGAAAUUGUUGAAUCCUGCUGUUACGCAAUGCCUUAACGAAAAUAUAGAAGGUAGCGAAGGUACAGCUGUAUUCAUUGACAUGAUGGGAAAAUUAUAUCGAUCGUACAUCGAAAAAGAUGUUACUUUACUAGAACGAGUGUAUAACAUAUGGGUUGUCAACUUUUUCAUGCGUGGUUGGAGAAACUGGUGCUUGCAAAAGCGAAUAAACUCGAAGCUUUGCAUUACAACCAACGCGUACUGCUGUGUAGAACUUAAUUCCCAUGCGUUACUAGAAUUCAUCACAGCUUGUCGGGAUCGGAAUGUUCCGGAGCAAUGUAUCAUUGAAAAUCUUUCAAGCCAGCCCUGCGAAAAAAUCUUUCGUCAGUUAAGAUCGAUGGCUUCGACCAAUCAAACUAUUGUCAACUUCACCGUCAAGGAACUAACCGAGAAACUAAGGAGAAUUCAAAUGAAAAUGACCAUUAUGCUUAAGCACCAGAAGAGUAUCAACUUCCCAGCCUUAAUAUGCGAAUCGUCAACCGAACAAUCUAUGCCAUCCGACGACGAGUUAAUAACUGUAGUUGAAAAAGCAAUGAUCACUGCCCGUCGUAUAUUAUUUAAUCUCGGUUUGGAUAACGAUAGUAUUGAUUUAUGCAAUUCGUUAAACAAAACAGACACCAUGCUACCGGCAAUCGAAUUCAUAAACAUCGGAGCGGAUUUAUGUGUUUCUGAUGAUGAAAUGGAAUCUGAGGACAUAGAACAUACAGAAAGCUUUUUGCAAGAUGAACCAAUAUCUGACGAAGGCGAUCAUUCUCAUGAGACUACUACAACUGGUGAUAUUUUCGAUGCAGCCGAAUUGUUCGAUAAUUGCAAUGAUGGAUUAAAUUUAAAAAGCAGUCGUGUGGGUGAUAGACACUCUUUCAAAAUAAGAGAUUCGGAUGGGCGAAUAAAAGUAAUAAAAAAAUCUACGGUACUGUGGAUGUUCACGCAAGGUCGCCAGCAGUUAUCAACGGAUCGAAUUCGUCGUUUUCAACAAAAAAUGGUUCUGUGA